AUGAGCUCUGUCUUUGCUCUACAUAGUCGCUCGUCACACCCACCCGAGCCCCCCCCUCAUCCAUCAAGGAUAGAUCCAUCGCCCUCCCGGCCGCACCCCCUCCCCCGCCCCCGCCCCAGCCCGCACGUCACUUCUUCGUCCCCCCGGCCUGUUCCGUCUGCCUUUCGCGGCCUUUCCCAACCAUGGCUGAGACCUUUGCUUGGGGAGAACUCGCCCAAUCCGUCAAUGGUGGCACCAAAUUCGAAGUCGGCGAGGCGUUCACUAUCGACUCAAUGGACCGUUACCUCUGGAUGGUCAUCGUUGGCGGCAUUCUAG